AUGCUCAACAUUCUCAUCGGCCUUUCAGCGGUCUCUCUGGCUCUGGCCACGGGCUUCAAUGAGACUUUGGCCAAGGAGAAGUUCUUAGUUUUGGCCGAGUCAGCCUAUACCGAUUGGCCGGAAAAGUGUUUGAAAAAGAAUUUUGGAGAGGCUAAUGUAAGGGAAUAUAAAAAUUCAUAGAGUUGUUUAGGUGACAAAGACUGUAACAACCAAAUGCGGCACCAAACUUGGCGAAUGGAGGGUUUGCUACGGCUAUACGGGAGUUUCACACAAGGAGAAAGCCGUUUUUCUGGCGUAUCGGUAAGGACAAAAGAAAAGCAUCAAAGACUUUGCUUUUUAGCGGAACGAUCAGUGGAAUUCAACUCUUCUACGAGGUCGCGCGAACCGCCUUUGUCAAAGAAGUUGACGCCAAAAUUGGAGGCAAAGUCGCGGCGUAUUUCUACACCGUCUACAACAAUCUCCGCAAAGGCGGAUUGAACGCCGAAUUCGUCCGCCUGACCAAGGCGUUCCCCGGCUAUGACGUCUGGAUCAGUGGGCAUUCCUUGGGCGGCGCCUUGGCUUCAAUCGCCACCGCCGAAGCCAUCAAAGUUGAUGGUAUUAAAGGCGACAAAGUAAAGCUGAUCACUUUUGGAGAGCCCAGAACUGGCGAUGCUGCGUAUUCAAAGCGUUACGAUGACAUUGUGAAAUACGGCUAUCGAGUGAUCAACAGUGGAGAUAUUGUGGCGCAAGUCCCACCAAAAGAUUUCAAAGGGUACGCCCAUCACAAGACCGAAGUCUGGUAUCCACAUGGAAUGUCCAAGGGGAGCAAAUACCAGGUCUACACCGAGAAUGAGUCCGCUAAAGGAUUCAAUUCAAGAGCACCGUUGAAUAGCGUCUCUGACCAUAUGAAGUAUUACGGGAAGUUGCUUGUUCAGUAUAGACUGACUGGUUGCUAA